GCAUUGCUGAUUCAGAAAACAUUCGUCCACAUGUGUGCAGUGCAACUGUUGUCGCCUUGACAGAAAAAUCUUGUUAGAAAGAUGGGCAUUUUAGAAAAGAUCAGUGAAAUUGAGAAGGAGAUUGCUCGGACCCAGAAAAACAAAGCUACCGAGUACCACUUGGGUCUCCUGAAAGCAAAACUAGCCAAGUACAGACAGCAGCUACUAGAGCCACAAGGAAAGGCUUCUCAAAAGGGUGAGGGAUUUGAUGUUAUGAAAAGUGGAGAUGCCAGGGUUGCAUUGAUUGGGUUUCCUUCAGUCGGCAAGUCUACAUUGCUGAACACUUUGACGUCCACCCAUUCGGCAUCAGCAUCAUAUGAGUUUACAACACUGACUUGUAUUCCUGGUGUGAUUGAGUAUCAUGGUGCUAACAUUCAGUUGUUAGAUCUCCCAGGAAUUAUUGAGGGAGCUGCUUCAGGUAAGGGAAGAGGUAGACAGGUUAUUGCGGUUGCCAGAACUGCAGAUCUUGUAGUCAUGAUGUUAGAUGCAACAAAGGGAGAAAAACAGAGAGAACUUCUGGAGGCAGAGUUGGAAAGUGUUGGUAUACGACUUAACAAGAGGAAACCUAACAUUUAUUUCAAGCAAAAGAAAGGAGGUGGUAUUUCCUACAACUCAACGUUGACACUUACCAAAAUCAAUGAGAAGAUGGUACAAAUGAUCUUACAUGAGUACAAAAUAUUUAAUGCUGAGGUGCUGUUCAGAGAAGACUGUAACUCAGAUGAGUUUGUGGAUGUCUUACUUGGAAACCGGGUCUACAUGCCUUGUCUAUAUGUGUAUAAUAAGAUAGAUCAGAUAUCUAUAGAGGAGGUGGACAAGAUUGCUAGAAGACCCUAUUCUGUUGUUGUGAGCUGUAAUAUGAAGCUUAAUCUGGACUACUUCCUGGACAGAGUUUGGUUGUCCCUGGCUUUAGUACGGGUCUACACAAAGAAGAGAGGAGAGCGGCCUGACUUCGAGGGUGGCUUGAUUCUGAGAGCCGGUGCUACUGUGGAACAUGUGUGCCAUGCUGUACAUAGAAGUCUAGUGGACGGCUUCAAGUAUGCUUUAAUAUGGGGAACAAGUGCUAAAUACAGCCCACAGAGAGUUGGCAUUCAACAUUUGGUGAAUGAUGAAGAUGUUAUACAAAUUGUAAAGAAAUAGUGUCUCCUGUCUCCUGUUUUCUGUCAACAAACAUCGUAACAGCCUUUGCUAUGGUUUCAAUGCGGUCAGAUUCAGUUUUCCUGAUUCUAGUGCAUAUUGGCAAAUACAGUCACGUGGACUAUGCAUGUUUUACAGACUUCUACAGGACUUUUGAACCUUAUAACAUGUUCAGACUGAAUCUGUAAUUGAAUUGUUUGCACAUGACAUCACAGUGGGACAGUGUUGUAAAGUGAUAGAUUCAUGCUUGCAGCCUUAUCUACCAGAAGAAACUAAUUACGCCCCCUGAAUGUCCUCACAUGGUAUCGAGGGUAUAUGUAAUGUCUCUUUAUAGACUCUCAUUCUUUUAGCUCCAAUGGAGACUGCAGAAAUCUGGACAAAAGGAGGUGUCAAUGUCUUUCACUUGAGAGAAUGCUGCAAAUUUUCAAUAAAGAAUAAGAUAUGUCAUGCCAUGCUACUUCUUGAAAAUCUGUAAUUAUGACACUGAAGUAGCCUCUAUUGUCUCUGCCUACUUAACAGUAUGAAAUAGUGAAUGUGACCCCAAGAAAGGAUUAAAAUUAAUGAUGAAAAGCAUUUUUUAUGAGAUGAGAAAUCCUUUAACUACUUAGUCAAGCCACAGAGACCUGAAUGGUCUAAGUUUAUCCAGAUACAUGUAUAGACUGUUAUGUGCAAUGAUGCUCUAGGUUGCUAUCCUUAUCAUUGACUAUUAAUAACAGUUAUAUUAAGGAUUAAAUACUUAAAUACAGAGUAAGAGGAGAUUAUCCAAGCACUGCUUGUAUAUCCAGCCUGUGGACGACUUUGUACUUGUCAUAUUGACAACUUAUAUAGUUCAA